UUUUCUAUGCUCAUUUCUCAUAUAUAAAGAUGGCGGCCAGGGUGGUUUGUGAAAAAGUUCUGUUGUUUGAGUCGUGUUUUGUUCUCGCUAUAACACUGCUAACGCUUCGCUUGUAAUAAUCGUGUCCAUAUAUUCAUGCAAUCUUUCCCAUCGUUGGUUACUUAAAGAAAAGAAAAUUUUGUAGAAGUCUGGUAUAUAGAAAUGAAUAGCACAACAUCUCAUGGACAUGGCGAGCGUCUUCGUAUGCGACCGUGGAUCGAAAAGAAGUUGAACGAAGGAUUCAUUCCCGGAUUGUUGUGGGAAGAUAAAGAAAAUGGCAUUUUCAGAGUACCUUGGAAGCAUGCAGGCAAGCCAGAUUUUGUUCUAGAACGAGACGCUAUUCUGUUCAAGGAAUGGGCAAAGCACACUGGCAAAUAUUUAAAGGAUGGUGAACAGGAAGAACCAUCCACUUGGAAAACACGAUUUCGUUGUGCUCUACGUAAACUUCCCGACGUGGAAGAGUUGAAGGAGAGGAGCAGGCUGGACGGCGAAGAGCCGUACAGAGUAUUCCAAUUUCUGUCGAAAGAGUUAAAAAUUGAGAGUCAAGAAAAUGCUUAUUCACCAUCCCAUGCAAAUAUAGCAGUGUCACCUGUUCCUGCUGUGGACCAGACCAGCAAUUCUCAAAUAUUUGCUAACUACAGAGUAUUGGAUAAUGGUGACGACAGUGUUGAUGAGCUGCAAGCUACUAUACUUGGUAAUUUUACAGAGCCAUCAUUGUGGAGUCCAACCGAACAUAUGGUUACUGAUUUCUCCAGUUCUUAUGACACAAAUGAUUUUUUAAAUGACUACAUGAGAGCGGAUGAUAUGUUAGCAGAUUUCUCGCCAACACCGCAAAUUCAGACACAGCCGCCGCAGGUUGGCGUGCUGGAUUCAAACGAGAUAAAUGAGAUCAUUGGAAUGAACCCAGAAACAAUCAAUGUGGGCGUCAAGGUCUUUUAUCAUGAGAAACAAGUCUUGGAGAGAGUUGUCGACAAUCGUUAUGGUUGUCGAUUAUACUCAGGUGUCGAUUUCACCAAAGCUGCCGACUAUACUGGUGAUUUUGCGCGAGUUUACGGCCCACCGGAAGUGGAGCAAAUCCAGUUCCCCGAGCAAGGAAGUCAGGUGGCUGUCACUGACAAACUUAAUCGUGGCCUACUACUUCAGUGGCAUCAAAAUAACAUCCACGUGACCCGCAUUUGUCCUGCUCACGUGUUUGCUAGCGGAGGAUGCCUGGGGACGAAUAUCGUACCACUCAAACGUAAUGAAACAACCAAGGUUUUUGACUACAAUCACUUCCUGUCCGGUUUAGCCGAAUACAAACUCUCCAAGGCGCCCGUACCCUUAUACGAAGUAUUCUUCGCAUUCGGGCAACAACCCGCAACCUCUACGACUGUCGAUCCCGGCGUUUUGAUCACGGUAUCCGUGACCCACAUGAAUGCAAAGGCAAGCAUCAGUAAGAUGGGCAGUGGGUCUGACGUCAUCAUGUCCAUCGAAGAUGACUUUGACGUUCUUGCAAAACAAAUGCAACAGGUUGUAAAAUUACAACAAAAAAAUUUUUAAAGUUCAGGCGCUGGUCGCUGUCAUGUGCUCGGGCUUGGAGCCAAACCUUGAGCCUAUUUAUACUUUGCUUUUCUUAUUGGUGAGUGAGCUAACGGUUCUUGGACGUAUUGAGAUACAUUGAUUAUUUCAUGGACGGAUUUUCUUAGGGGAGUGCAGUGAGUGCCACCUUACAAAUAUCACACUUCACCUAGUAAAUGAACUGUUCACCCCUCCAAGAAACAUUUUAACCCCCCCCCUUAAUUUCUAGCAAAACAAAAUAGUAGUACAUUUGAACUGAGUUUUUCUGGGCAUUGUUUCAACUUUUUACACAACCUUCGGUGGCUGCGAAAAUCCGUCCAUUAUUUUUGUGUGAAAAUACUUUACGUUUGAAACAUUUUAAUGGGGGGGGGGAAGGUUGUUAAUCUGGAAUCGUUAUCGUUUUACAAUCAGACAUAAAAAAAUAUAAAUAUUUAUGUACGCCAUAGAAAACUUUAUAGUUUUGAGAGCUUAUCUACCAUGGAGUAUGAAUAAGUGCCACUCAACAAAUAUCAGAGUAUCUUUGAAAACUUAGGAAUUGUAGUCGCGUAUGAUUGAAAAAUCAAGCAAAUGAGAAGUAUACAAUUUUAACACGUUUUGAAGCAGGAAUGUCUAUUUAUUCCCAUGGAAAUGUCACCGCUUUACGACUGUACAUUAGAAGUAAGAAAACAUGAAGGAAUAAUCCUUAUCACUGACAAACAGUCGUUUACCGUUUAUUUACUCUGCACAUUGACACUUGUGAAAUACAGUCCAUAUGUAUUAUGAUGUUGGGAAAUUGCUGUAACCAACGUUGGACACUUGAGGAGGACAGAAGUGACUUGAGACCUUGAACAACCCCCCUGCAAUAAUUUCGAGAGGAUUCGACCGUCAGACAAAAUGAGUUAGAAAGUAAGCGGUACUCCAGUUACAAAAUACGAAUUGUUUUAUAUCUAACCAAUUCGCUCUCUCCCUUCUCCCAUGUCCAACGUUUGUUGCAAUCUUGUUCAAUCCCUACACCGAAAUCUAAUAUAAAGAAUUUGAGAGAGACUUCUCGUUGUAGAUCUUAUAGAAUUACAUUUUUAAAAAAAUAAAUUUUUAAAUACAA